UGUUCAAGGGCUGAACAUUCACCACUCCAUUGCCUCCCCUGACUGCUCUAGGGAGUAUCUCUCUCCCUUGCAGCUCCUAUGCUGCAGACUCAUGGAACUGUCUGCAUUGCCUCCCUUUCCAGAGAAUUGUGCCACCUCUCAGUGGUGUAUGUUGCUGGACUGCUGGUGUUUGUAUGAAAUCAGCAUGACCUGGCACUGAUUCUGUAAAUCGUGGGGCUAUUUAAUGACUGUGAAACUGAACUCCCUCAUUGCCCUGUCUCCCAGGGUGCUGAGUGUGCUGGGGGGAGACACUUUCCCUUCUUCAGUGCUGUUUGGCUCCAGGUCCUGGAGGGCUCAGAUUGGAAAGUCCCACUUAGGAGUCAGAGUUCAAGUUUCCAAGUGCCUCAUACUCACACAGCAGAGCAGAGCCCUUUCCUGCCUGCUCUGGAGUGGGGCAUGAAUGACCCAGCCUCACGCUCUGUCUCUCAACAGCUUUAGAGAACAAUGGACUCAAGAGAGGAUGAGGAGCUGGCCUUUCUGAAGAUUGCCAGGGCUUUCCGAUCCGAUCCGGAGGGCAGGCUGGCUGAGCAAGAGGUGAAAUCAGGAGAUCAGCGCGGGGAUCGCUCUCUUGACCCGUUACAUCGACCACUGAUCGUGCUCCUGUCAGCACCGGUGCUCCAGCGGCUUGUGAGGAGUAAGGAAGUGGAUGGGAGAGUUUCUCACGCCCCCCUGCAAUGGGAACACUGUAGUAACUUGAACGAAGGCACAGGUGGAUGCAUCUCACUGGCCCAACUCUCCUCGUGGGGAAGUUUUCCUAGACAGCCAGCUGGGGGGAGAGCGAAGGAUGCCGCUUGGGAGAUGAGUGCCACCAAGGAGGACAGCCGGUGUCAAAAGGCAGUCCAGAUCGUCAGCGAGCUGUGCCGCAAGAAAAGCCUGCCCAGCCUGGAUUUGGAAGCCUGCCGGGAGUUCCUGCUCCUGCCUUCAGACCAGAGCCUGAGUAUCUCGGAGCCAGGUAUAGUCCCCUUGCCCGAGCUCUCCAUCAGCCUCCUUGCGGUGAUAGUUAUUGUGUGUGGCCUCGCCUUGGUGGCAGUUUUUCUCUUUCUCUUUUGGAAGCUGUGCUGGGUGCCCUGGAGGAACAAGGCCGUUUCUUCUAGCGUCUCCCAGAGCCAGGUGGCCUGCAAUCAGGAGAGCAUGGCCGACAAGCUGAAGGACACAGGCACGCUUGGCUUCCUGGAAGCCGCCGUAAAGAUCAGCCACACCUCGCCAGAUAUCCCGGCCGAGGUCCAGCUGUCCAUGAAAGACCACAUCAUGCGGCAUGCCCGGCUCCAGCGGCAAACAACAGAGCCCACCUCCUCCACCAGGCACAUUUCCUUCAAGAGGCACCUGCCGCGGCAGAUGCACGUGUCCAGCAUGGACUAUGGCCCGGAUCUUCCCCCCGAGGCCGAGCAGCCCACCAGCAUCGGCAGGAUCAAACCCGAGCUCUAUAAGCAAAAGUCUGUGGACUCCGAGGACCCCAACAAGGAGGCCGCCAAAACCUGCGGGAAAAUCAACUUCUCGCUCAAGUACGACUAUGAGAACGAGACGCUGAUCGUGCGGAUCCUCAAGGCCUUCGACCUGCCGGCCAAGGAUUUCUGCGGCAGCUCGGACCCCUACGUCAAAAUCUACCUCCUGCCUGACAGGAAGUGCAAGUUCCAGACGCGCGUCCACAGGAAGACCCUGAACCCCACCUUCGACGAGUCCUUCCACUUCCCCGUGCCCUACGAGGAGCUGGGCAGCAGGAAACUGCACCUGAGCGUCUUCGACUUCGACAGGUUCUCCAGGCACGACAUGAUCGGGGAGGUGAUCCUGGAGAACCUGUUCGAGGCCUCGGACAUCUCCCGGGAGACCUCCAUCUGGAAGGACAUUCAGUACGCCACGAGCGAAAGCGUGGACCUGGGGGAGAUCAUGUUUUCCCUUUGCUAUUUGCCAACUGCAGGUCGCCUCACCUUAACCGUCAUUAAAUGCAGGAAUCUUAAAGCGAUGGACAUUACUGGCUACUCAGAUCCAUAUGUGAAGGUGUCUCUGCUCUGUGAUGGGCGGAGGCUGAAAAAGAAGAAAACCACCAUUAAGAAAAACACUCUUAAUCCUACCUACAAUGAGGCGAUAAUAUUUGACAUUCCUCCGGAGAACAUGGAUCAAGUCAGCCUGCUUAUCUCUGUCAUGGAUUAUGAUAGAGUGGGUCACAACGAGAUCAUUGGCGUCUGCCGCGUGGGGCUCAAUGCUGAGGGCCUGGGCCGAGACCACUGGAACGAGAUGCUGGCCUACCCUCGCAAGCCCAUCGCACACUGGCACCCGCUGGUGGAGGUGAAGAAAUCCUUCAAGGAGUGGCAAGGCCGAGCAGCGAGCUUCGACAGCCAAGGCUCAUGUCCCUCUCCUAAGCCACCUCCCACACCCUGAACCACCAAAGCAGGGAACUAGAAUGGGACUCAACAAAGUUCUUUUGCACUUGUCCUCCAGUCUGAACAUCUUGGCAGCAGCGAGAUGCUCCGGGCCCCGCUGUUCCAGUGGAGGCAGAGGCAGAAGAAACACUUUGUCGUCAAAUUUGUCUUGGUCUGUUAUGUCUCCCAAAGUUACGAUGUUUGUGGCUUGCGUUUUAUGGAUCGGCUGCCAGAGGAGAAAGAUGGAACGAAACGUAAACGUGAGCUGGAAGCUUGGGCUGUAAAAUGUUGGACCAAUAGCAGAGCUGCUACAAGCACCGAUGACAUGCCCGGGGGAAGAGGCAUGGGAAGAAGCAUGCGGCUACAUUUUCUGAUUGGAACAGUAUAAAUAGGAGCACUGAUUAAAUUUCAUGUGACCCGCUCUUUAUUGUUGUGAUCAGUCUGAAUUCAGCCACAUGUUUACAGGUUUCUUCUUUGUGUGGAAAUGUUCAUGAGCCUUUCAAAGUCUGUGCCGUGUGUACCCCAACUUCCUUCUGUGAUGUAUUAAAGAUUUGUUGAUUCCUCAGGGAAAACGGCCCAUUUUCUGUAUUUGUAGUCUCCCUAGGCCUAUUUGCAUGAAUAUAGUUACUUAAGAUCCUGUCUGCUCCUGCUGCUCAUUCCCCUGUGACAUCACUUGACUGUUGUGGAGUGAAGAGGACUGUUUUCCCACAAGGAGGGUUCUGAUGUGAGGUGGGAAAUGGGUUAUGGGAAUAGGUGAAAGUCCUGCAUGAACACUAGAUCUGCUUCAUAAAGGGUCAUGGUAGUACAGCGUGAGAGAGAGUAGAGGGAAGCACAAAAAUAUCAACACAAGUGUUUUAUAUUAAAAAAGCUUUAAUCGAAGGCUGUCAAACAAUUUUAAAAAUUGCAGUUAAUUGUGAGAUUUGUAAAAAGUUGUGUUUAAUGGCAAGUGAAUUGCACUGUUAAACAAUAAUAGAAUGCCAAUUGAAAUUCAGUCUGGAAGCAUGUUCUCGGGAAUGAUGGUGGAAGCAGAAAUGGGCACACUUAUCUGGCACAUAAAUAUUUUGCAACGUUGGCUACAGCAGUGCCACGUGGUGCCUGUUCUCACUUUCAGGUGCAACUGUAAAGAAGAAGCAGGCAGCAUUAUAUCCCAUAAGUGAAAACAAACUUGUUUGUCGGAGUGAUUGGCUGAACAAGAAGUAGGACUGUGUGGACUCAUAGGCUCUAAAGUUUUACCUUGUUUUGUUUUUCAGUACAGUUAUGUAAAAAAUCUAUAUUUGUAAAUUGCACUUCCACCAUAGAGAGAUUACACUACAAUACUUGUAUGAAGUGAACUGAAAUACUAUUUUGUUCCUUUUUUUUCAGGGCAAAUAUUUGUAAUGUAAUAUAAAAGGAGCACUGUACACUUUGUAUUCUGUAUUGUAAUUGACACCAAUAUAUUUGAAAAUGUAGAAAAAUGUCAAAAAUAUUUAUAAUAAAUUUAAACAAUAGAUGCCAAUUUAACAUUGCAAUUAAAACU